CAGACUCACAAUCCCGCCUUUCACGCUUUCCCACUAAGGACAAAAAAAGACGCCCCUCCUACUCUGCAGUAUGCGAACCCCUUCUCUGCGGCGAUGAACGUGCUAACCUCAUCGUCAACGCCUCCAAACACGACACGCCCUCAGAAACGUAGAAUAGAAGAAGACGAGAACGAUAGUCGUACUGGCCGGGAUGUGGCGAUGGACAGGAGUCCAACCCCGGAGCGUCCCAAACGAGCUGUACCCAAACGAGCACGGGUGGCUACCCAUGCAAGCGGCGGUGGAGAUGGCAAGGAGCCCAAAGCAGGAAAGAGCACGACUCAAGAAGAUGGCUCGGACGUGGAUGUUGGCUUACUGUUGGCUAGUCUGCCGUCGGACGCACUGCUCCCCUUGUUGAAUUCUCUGCUUACCUCUCAACCAUCCCUCAAACCCCUCGUUCUCUCCCUCAUACCUCGACCGACGCUCUCAACCGCCUUGCAAUCAAUCAGCAUAUCAGCCAAGAAGCUGCGCGAUGCGUACCCAUAUUCGAACGCCACAUCGUUCUCUUCGGCUUCAUUUGGCACUCUCGGCUCGACGUCCUUCGGAAGUGCCCGGGGGACCCAGUCUGUCAUGCGCGACGAUUACGUGCUAUCCCGUAUUCGGCCCCACAUAUCCGAAUUCGUUUCAACGUGUUUCUCGUACCUUCCGUACUUUUCCUUCAUACCCACGGAAGAUCAAUCCACCUCCGUAAAUACGGCCCUACGAACUCAACUCAAGGAACGAAUACACCCGGGAGAAGGCUUCCAGUUCCUCCAGUCGCUAACCUCGCAAAUUCUGGAUCAACCUCCUUUAACUCAAUCAUCACUCGUCCCGUUGAUAAUGCCAAGACUGUUGGAAGAAUGGAAGGCAUGGGUGGAUCGUGUGGACGUUGUGGUUAACGGAGAGGGCGGUAUGUUCGGCCAGGAGAUGGUGCAGAGUUGGAUGCGGGCUUUGGACGGGUUCGCGCUUGCCAAGGGCCACGGGACAGAAGCGAUGCGAGAGAUACGGGAUCGCUUUGUCGCGAGGGCGGGUUGGCUGCUGGGACGUCAGAGCCUCCCUGAGACGAUGGAAGAGCUAUGA